AAACGAAGCUGGAUGCGAAUAAGAGGCCAGUUUAAUAAAGUGGCGGGGAAACAGCAUUUUCACUUCAAGACCUUCUCAUUAAACUAAAAUGCCUGAAAACCUGCCAUUUGAAACAUUUUAGAAAAGGUGUCAUGGAAUCAAUAUCAAACAGACCAGAAGAAGAAGAAAAUAAAAGGAGAUUUGAAGUUGAGUUGGAAUUCAUUCAGUGCCUGUCAAAUCCACAUUAUUUGAAUUUUCUGGCACAAAAUGGUUACUUUAAGGACCCAGCAUUUGUAAAUUACCUAAAGUACCUACAGUAUUGGAAGGAGCCCCAAUAUGCUGUUUUUCUCAAGUACCCACAGUGCUUGUUCUUCCUCGAGCUUCUCCAGUAUGAAGAAUUCCGCAAAAAGCUUAUGUACCCAGCAUGCGUAAAGUUUAUUGAUGAGCAAGUGCUACUUCAUUGGCAAUAUUAUUCACGAAGAAGAAGAGGAUUAACCGUACCGUCUUCAGACGAUCAGCAACGAUAGGAAAAUAAAUAGGUACUUUGAUUAAGUAUUCAUUUUUUAUUUGUUGGCUAGCGUCGUUUUGAACUAGUUUUCUAAACAACGAUACUUGGUGCUAACACAACUUCACAUUAUGGCGCACACUUGGGAGAUUGGGGCUAGGGUCGCGAUCAAAUAUGCGCAAAAUCGUCUGUUUAUGCCAUUACCUUAAAAAUAAGUUUUCCAAUAACUCAAUCGACGAGAAAAGUGUUGGAGUGGAAAAAGACUCGCCUGAAUCAAAGAAGUACGAGUCAACAGUUUGGUGUAAAACAUUUUCCGUACUCUUUUCUUCAUAGAGUUUUUUAAAGAGCGAGCAUGUUUCUGCUGCAGAUACAUAAUUCUAUUUGUAUUCACACCGAAUAAAGAGAAUGAAGUACUUUGAAUGAAUCGCACUAUCUUCAUCAGAUUAAAUUCUCCCCAGUUCAGUACCCUAUGAUGAUGACUGUCUCAGUUCCUUGAAUCUAUAAUAUUAUAAACUUUCGGCUAAAAUGUUGCACUUUAUCAAUACGGUGAACAUGUUCUUUAUUUUGAUCCCUGCAAAAGGAUUCAAAAUACUUAUGAAUGUAAGCAUAGGUUCCAAAUCUUUGAUUGGCUGAGCGAACAAAAUUCUCCAUACCCCAUUAGCCAAUCAGAAUUCAAGAAUAUGACAACAAACGUGCCUAGCAGCUAAAUUUAGGCCAAUUUUGGACGUUUUUACCACUACCCACAAAAAAAUAAUAGUGUAGAAUGUGCUGAAAGAUAACCCGAAUUUUCUUUUAAAAAUUGAAUCUUUGAUGAAUUUACGAAAAAAACUGCCGUUGUGCUCAGCAAAAAUCUUUCUGCGAUCGUUAGUUACGAAGGCUUGAUACUGUCCCUUUCAAAUCCUAAUAAUAAUUAGGGGGGGAGCAGAACAAUUACAGUUUUUAAACCUUAAAAGUUGGUUUAUCCACGUAAUUAACAAAUAUGAACUUACCUUUAUAAGCCAAUGUUAAAAUCUUUCUUGUUGGCAUUGAUGUUUAUGUUAAGGACAAAACUAGAAAUAGCUCUUGCUAGUACUGCCCGCAAACAAUUAGUUCCUUGAUAAUGAUUGUUUUGAAAAUGUAGGUCAGGAUAUUCGAAGAAGACACCAUCUUGGGUUUUCGCAAUUUUAUAAAAACAGCUGCUCUAGUUGAUGCUAAACUAUUCUUUUUAUCAAGAAUUUUUGGUGUUCAGUUGGCCUUUGAUUUAAGUCCAACGCCCUUUUGAAAAUCAUGAAGUUUUUCGAGGGUUUGACAUUUAUUUUUCGAUAAUCACGACAAUCAUAACUUUUGCUCGUACGGUCUCGAGUUUUUGGGAGAAAAGUGUGGCAUUCGACUGGUUUUGAUUCCCAAAACUUCGAAUCAAAACUUCCAUCCAUUGCGGAGAACCGAGCUGUGAUGCAGCACCGUUUUCGUGCCAAAAAAACCGAAGGCCUUUAACAGAGUCUUGGCAGAGCAACGCUCCGAAGAUAAUUCCCUUCCGCACAAAGAGGUGGCGGUUAACGACCUCCUCGACAAAGCCGAUUGAUUGACAAUGAAAUUGAUUGACAGUUGUCAUGGCAGCAGAAAAGUGACAAAAUCUGCUGAAAAAGUGCUGACAACAUGAACUGAAGCUUCCAUAUGCUACUUAUACGCGGGGCAGACUGUAAGCCCUUCACUCGCGCGCUAUCGCGCGCGAGUUGCGGGCAAUAAAUCGCUACAUUUUAUUUUAUCGGGGAUCCUUUCGGGGACAGCCAGAGAUUUUUUUACCCAGAAAAGGUAAUUUUUCGAAUAUGAUGCAUAUUUCAUAUGAGUCAAACAAGCACAAACUAGCACAAACAAUCACUCUUUUGUGGCAUAAUUUGAUUUAAGAAACAGAUAUAGUGGCAAUAAAAGUUUUGAUUAGUAAAAGUAUAUUGCUAUUGUCAAUUUUGCCAUUGUUUCUCUUCGCAUAUCAGAGCCCUGUGCUCCUCCGAUUUUCCCUAAAACAAAAGGAUUUCUGGGGAUUUUCAGAUAAAACAAUAGGAUUUUCACAAAAGGUGUACGAGAUUUUCUUGGAGUGAUUUGCCCCUCGGACCAACUUCAGCAUCAAACCCUAUGAUGCAACGCUAUCAGUAAAAAACUUAAGCUAAAACCCUGACUGAUGAUGUAAAAACUUUGUACGUUUCUUAACUUCAAUUUAGAUAUAUAUUUAUGUUAUUCAAAUUCUAUUACUGGAUGAACUGGAUGAAUGGUUUAGACUACCAAUUCAUAUUAUACAGCUCGUGUUGUAGCACAUCUUUCUACUCUUGUUCAG